AUGCUGCAGAUUCUCGCUUCCAUCCUUAAGCCACUCCCGGGAGUGACGUGGCUAUCAAAAGAUGAACUGAUCCUCGCUUCCAUCCUUAAGCCACUUCCGGGAGUGGCGUGGCUAUCAAAAGAUGAACUGGUGGGAAUUGUGGUUGCUGAGAGGGAGAGGAGGGAGGUAGAGGAGAGGAGCAGGAGGGAAGAGGAGGAGAGGGAGAGGCGAGAGGGGGAGGAGAGAGGCAGGGAGGAAGAGGAGGAGAGGAGCAGGAGGGAAGAGGAGGAGAAGGAGAGGAACGAAGGGGAGGAGAGGGAGAUGAGGGAGCAGGAGGAGAGGGUUAGGAGGGAAGAGGAGGAGAGGAAGAGGAGGGAAGAGGAGGAGAGGGAGAGGAGGGAAGAGGAGGAGAGGAAGAGGAGGGAAGAGGAGGAGAGGAAGAGGAGAGAAGAGGAGAGGAAGAGGAGAGGAAGAGAAGAGGAGAGAGGAACAGGAGGGAAGAGGAGGAGAGGAAAAGGAGGGAAGAGGAGGAGAGGAAGAGGAGGGAAGAGGAGGAGAGGAAGAGGAGGGAAGAGGAGGAGAGGAAGAGGAGGGAAGAGGAGGAGAGGAAGAGGAGUGAAGAGGAGGAGAGGAACAGGAGGGAAGAGGAGGAGAGGAAAAGGAGGGAAGAGGAGGAGAGGAACAGGAGGGAGACUAUUGCAGUCGCUGGCGCAUCCUGCUACAGUCCCUCAUCCUGCUAUAGUCACAGCUCCCCACCCACCUGCACUGGCUCCUGCUACAGUCACAACUCCGCACUCAACCCCAAUAGCACCUGCUAUAGGCACAGCAUCACAGCCACCUGCUCUCGCACCUGCUAUAGUCACAGCUCCUUACCCACCUGCUCUCGCACCUGCUAUAGUCACAGCUUCUUACCCACCAGCACUUGCACCUGCUAUAGUCACAGCUGCGCCCCCACAUGCAUCAGCUCUAGAACCCAUUCCGACAGGCAGCAUUCACGUCAACUCUCCACUACACCUCGCAGCUUCUGUUACAGCUGCACACCCACUCACAGCAUCACCUGCUACAGUCACAGCUCCACAUCCACUCACAGCAUCACCUGCUACAGUCACAGCUGCACACCCACUCACAGCAUCACCUGCUACAGUCACAGCUGCACACCCACCCGCUUCUGCUCUAAGGCCCAAUCCAGCAGGCAGCAUUCACCUGAGCACGUUCCAGGAGGCUUUGCAAAGCGGUGCAGGUGGUGUUGAGAGCGGUGUAAAUGGUAGCACCGACAAUGGCUCUUUAAGCCAAUUAGAGGCUCGGGCACUAGCAGCACUAGAAGACGAUCUCAGCUUCAAUGCCAAGGCUGCGGUUCAGGAGCAACGGGCUGCUGCAGAGGCUCGGGCAGUCCUUGCCGAAGCUGAGGAGCAGCUUCGGCGAGCACAAGCUGCGGUGGACCGAGCCAGGGCUGCUGCCUCGGAGGCAACCCACCGGGCCGAAGCUGCUGUUGCGGAGGCUUGGGAGGAGAUGGAUCAGCUGACUGAGGCUCGGGAGCAGGUUCGGAGGAAGGCAGAGGAGUGUCGGCGCGCGUGGGAUCGCCACAUCAGCAUCGUGCGCCAGCUGGCAGCGGUAUCGCCUGGUGCAUGUGGCAGGAGGUCUUAUUCCAAAAGGCGUAAGGAGGAGUUUGAAGCGGCAGCAAGGAGUUAUGAGGAGUAUUUGACGCUGUGGGAGGAGCUUGAGUGCAUGGGUCGAGGGAGCAUGCCGGAAACUCCACAGGCUCAAUAA